CUGUCCAAAAAGACCAAGAAGAUUUAUAAAGGAAUUUAAUAGAACUUCUAGAAGCGAAUCAAACAAUGAACAUUCAAAACUCAAUGGGAAGCCAGGUGUGGUUGCACACACCUGUCAUCCCAGCUACUUUGGAGGAUAAAGCAGGAGGAUUGCAAGUUUGAGGCUAACCCGAGCAAUUCAGUGAGGCUCUGGUUAAACAACAGGUGGUCAUAGUCAAAGAAUUAAUGAAUCGAAGGAUAGAUCUGGAGAAAUUACUCAAAAUUCACCGCAGGGAGAAAAGAAGGUGGAAACACGGAUAAGAAGCAGAGGACAGCCUCUGGAACUGUGGAGGAAGUCGGGGCAGGCAGCUAGGGAGAGCAGCUAGGGACUCGGGCGCCACACCGUGUCGGCUCAACGCUCCUCGGUGUCUGCAGCACUCUCUGCUUCCUUCCUGGGCGACGAGACCCUGCAGCCAGAAAUCCACCAUGUCUAUUCUCAAGAUCCAUGCCAGGGAGAUCUUUGACUCUCGUGGAAAUCCCACUGUUGAGGUUGAUCUCUGCACCUCAAAAGGCCUCUUUAGAACUGCUGUGCCCAGUGGGGCCUCAACUGGUAUCUACAAGGCCCUAGAGCUCCCGUACAAUGAUAAAACUCGCUACAUGGGGAAGGGUGUCUCAGAGGCUGUUGAGCACAUCAAUAAAACUACCGCACCUGCCCUGGUUAGCAAGAAACUGAACGUUGUGGAGCAGGAGAAGAUUGAUGAACUGAUCAAGAUGGAUGGAAGAGAAAAUAAGUCUAAGUUUGGUGCAAAUGCUAUCCUGGGGGUGUCCCUUGCUGUCUGCAAAGCUGGUGCUGUGGAGAAGGGGGUGCCCCUGUACCGCCACAUUGCCGACUUGGCUGGCAACUCUGAAGUCAUUCUGCCAGUUCGGGUGUUCACCGUUAUCAAUGGCGGGUCUCGUGCUGGCAACAAGCUGGCCAGGCAGGAGUUCAUGAUCCUCCCCGUGGGCGCUUCCAGCUUCAAGGAGGCCAUGCGCGGUGGAGCAGAGGUCUACCACAACCUGAAGAACGCCAUCAAGGAGAACGGGAAAGAUGCCACCAAUGUGGGCGAUGAGGGCGGGUCUGCCCCUAACAUCCUGGAGAAUAAAGAAGCGGAGCUGCUGGAGAACGCCACCGGGAAGGCUGGCGACACCGACGAGGUUGUCGUUGGCAUGGACGCGGCCGCCUCCGGGUUCUUCCGAUCUGGGAAGUAUGGCCUGGGUUUCAAGUGUCCCGAUGAUGCCAGCAGGCGCAUCACCCCUGACCAGCUGGCCGGCCUGUACGAGUCCUUCCUCUGCAACCACCGGCUGGUGUCUACUGAAGAUCCCUUCAACCAGGACGACUGGGAAGCGCGGCAGAAGGUCACAAGUGGCGCCGGCAUCCAGGGGGUAGGUGAUGAUCUCACUGUGACCAACCCCAAGCGCAUCGCCAAGGUCAUGGGCGAGAAGUCCUGCAACCGCCUCCUGCUCAGAGUCAACCAGAUCGGCUCAGUGACCGAGUCCCUCCAGGUGUGCAGGCUGGCCCAGUCCAAUGGCCGGGGCGUCUUGGUGUCUCAUUGCUCUGGGGAGGCUGAGGACACCUUCAUUGCCGACCUGGUGGUGGGACUCUGCACUGGGCGGAUCAAGACUGGUGCACCUUGCCGAUCGGAGCACUUGGCCAAGUGCAGCCAGCGCCUCAGGAUCGAGGAGAAGCUGGGUGACAAGGCGAAGUUUGCCAGCAGGAACUUCAGAAACCCCCUGCCCCUGGCCAAGUCAGCUGUGGGCAGGCGAGCCAGCGCCCACGGUCACCAGCUGACGACUAGAUCCUUCCCCUGAGGCCAGCAUGUGUGGGCAGUUCAAGCCCCCGACCAGUGCUCGCCGGGCCUUUGGUAGUUAGCUCCCCUCUCCUGCCACUGCUUCCUUAGAACUGCUGCAGAAGCCGAGGGUGACCACUUGGAACCCUGAUGGAAACCCUAGCUCGUAAUCAUGUGACUGGCCCAAAUUGUCAUCUCAGCUCGCUUCACACCAAGUGUCCAGGGCUCCGUGCGCCUCCAGUGAUCUCCAGUGUGGCGACAGGCAGAGGACGUAUAAUAAAACACAUUGGUCUGACUGGAGCUCCAGUGGAACAUUCUGGAGGAAAAUGGAGAGGUUUGCUUCUAACAAAUAAUAGCUGAUAAUUAUUUUCCAAAUAUAUGAAAAACAUGAAUCAUCUGAGAACAAUAUAAUCCAAGUACAGCAAAUAAAACAUCUACAUCAAAACACAUUAUAAUAAGAUUGCAGAAGAACAAAGAGCAAGAUUUUAAAGCAGCCAGAGAAAAAAGGUAAAUUGCCUGCUAAGGGCUGACAGCAGAUCUCAUGGGCAACAUGGGAGUUUCUCAGUGCAUUCCAUGGGUCGGGAGCUUGGCCUUAACCCUGGAACCUUUGGAGGCCAAGUCUUGAGGUUCACUGGACCCAAUAAAUGGAAAUUUGCUUUUUGUUUUGUUUUGUGUUCUGGAAAUGGGGUUGCACAGUGUUGCCUACUCUGACCUCAAACCCCUGGGCUCAAGCAUCCUCCUGAGUAACUGAGACCAGAGGUGCAACACCACGCCUGGAUAGAACCCGCAUUUUCACAAGAUCCCACAUGAAUGUUAUUUUAAAAUGAACUCUAUUUUCUGUCAGAACUGGGGAUUGAAGCCAGAUCCUGGCACCUGCUGGAUAAGUACUCUACCAAUGAACCACAUCCCCAGCCCCAAAACAGACUUAAUUUGAGAAUCACUUAAGGGUCUAAAAAAAAAAAAAUCUCUCUAAAGAAGACUAAUGAUGGCUAAUUUUGUGUGUGGGAAGGUGCUGGGGGUGGAACCGUGGGCUUCAGGUAUGCUAGGCAUGUGCUCUACCACGAGUUACACAAGCCCCCAACCCAGAGGUAAUUUUUCGUUGUAUGCCUAUCUGAGUCUAUU